UUCUGCUCUUGUUUUCAUGUUCAAAACAGGAUGCCUGUGUCAGUUGCUGCCAAAAAUAUUUGUCCAGUUAUAGGCGAGGGUCCUCACUGGGAGGAAAAUUCCAAAUCCCUUCUAUUCGUUGAUAUAACAACUGCAGGUUACUACAGAUGGAAUUCCCUGGAUGGAACAUGUGAGGAAAUCCACGCAGACAGUGGUUUAGCUGGUUUCAUUAUCCCCCGCCAGAAUGGAGGUUACCUUGUAUCAAAUGAUGCCAGAAUAUUACAUUUGGAUUUUGCCAGUCGCAAAUUGGAACCCUUCCUAACUAUCCAACCUGAUGAAUUAGAUCUCCAUCUUAACGAUGCUAAGUGUGACAGCAAAGGAAGAUUGUGGGCAGGGACCAUGGGACGUUUUAACACUGUCUCUGACUUCGUAAAAGAAGCUGGAUGUUUGUAUCGAAUUGACAAAGACCUAAAACCAUUUGUCGUCAAGGAAAAAACCAAUGUUUCCAAUGGCAUAACUUGGACAACAGAUGAGAAAACCAUGUUUUACACACAUUCCAUUCCCAGAAAAAUAUUUUCCUACUAUUAUGACAUCCAUUCUGGAGAGGCAUCAAGAGAACAAGUUGUUGUGGACUUCACUGAUAAAGAAUGGUCAGAGUAUGGCAUACCAGAUGGAAUGACCAUGGACGUAAUGGAUAAGCUUUGGGUAGCAGCAUUCAAAAGUAGCCGAGUGUUCCAAAUUGAUCCCGAAACAGGAAAAAUUCUACAGACUAUCAAGUUCCCAGUGUCUGAAAUUACUUCCUGCUGCUUUGGUGGACCAAAUUAUGAUGAACUGUAUGUCACAUCAAGUCACCUUGGAUUAACUGAUGAGGAGUUUAAAAAUAACGAACCACUGGCUGGAAGUCUCUUCAAGGUCACAGAAACAGGCGCUAAAGGAAGGGCAGCAUUUUCGUUCCAAGGCUAUGUUCAUAAUUACUUUUCUUGUCUCUGUUUAUUUUUCUGUCCCCGCUCCCUGCUCUCUUUGUUUCUUCUUGCUGCUAAAUCUCAACCGAAUCUCCUACAGAUUUUCGGAAAAAGAGGGAUUUCGGACCAUUCUCUCCACCUGAAUUUAUUAUCACUAAUUUCCGUAACUUUUGCAUAUUUCACUUUUCCUAUUUUCAUUUUUAUAUGGGAAACCAACAUAAACGUAAUUCUGCAAAAUGUCAGAAACAAGAUGUCUGUAUCUGUUGCUCUGAAGAAUGUCUGUCAAGGAAUUGGUGAAGGACCUCACUGGGAGGAACGUAUUAAAUCCUUGCUGUUUGUUGAUGAAGAAUUUGGAGGUUUCUACAAGUGGAAUAGCAUUGAUAACACACAUACCAAGUUUAAUGUUGGUGACAAUGUCAGCUUCAUCAUACCUCGUGAAUCUGGUGGUUAUCUCGUAUCAUAUAAGACCCAACUCGCUGAAUUUGACUGGGAGAGUCAACAGAUGAAACCAUUCCUCAAUGUGGAACCAGAUAAACCAGGAAAUUGCUUCAAUGAUGGUAAAUGUGACAGCUCUGGCAGACUUGUGGCAGGUACAAUGAAAAUAUUCACAGGCACAGCUGAAAUGGCUGAAGCUGGACGUCUAUAUCGAAUUGAUAAAGAUCUCUCGGUCAAUGCCAUCAAAGACAAGAUCAAUAUAUCUAAUGGUAUGGCAUGGACAGCAGAUGACAAAACCAUGUUCUACACCCAUUCUCUUCCUAAAAAAGUAUUUUCUUAUGACUAUGACAUUUCAACCGGAGAAAUCUCCAGAGAACAAGUGGUUAUUGAUUUUGAAGGCAAAGAACUCCACGAGUAUGGGAUACCAGAUGGAAUGACAAUUGAUUUAAAUGACAAAAUAUGGUUAGCUAGCCAUUAUAGUAGCAAAGUAUUCCAGAUUGACCCAGAAACAGGUAAAAUUCUCAGCUCAGUCAAGUUUCCUACACGUCAAGUCACUUCCUGUUGUUUUGGAGGCCCAAACUAUGACGAACUUUAUGUGACAUCGAGAGCCAAUAACUUAACAGAAAAACAGUUGCAAAAUGAAGAGAAACUUGCUGGAAGUGUGUUCAAGGUUACGGAGUUGGGGGCAAAAGGUAAAGCAGCUCCCGUCUUUCAGGGAUAGUCUACACCACUCUCCAGGUAUACAUUGUAAUUUGAACAUGACCAGUACUAUAAUUAUAUUUUAUCAAAGGUAUGUUAU